GAAAACGCGUCGAAAGCGUGCGCGUUCUUCCGGGUCUUCCUCCGUCAGCAGUUAUGAUCUUCCUAAGACACCUGUGGACGCAUACAGCCAUGAGGAUAGACUUAGAAGUGACUUCUCUGUGUCUAAAAUGAAUAACAGGGUGUCGAACCCAGCAAAGUCUUCCUCGGUAUAUCGAAAGGUACGAUAUAUGCGCGCGCUUCUAUGGUCAUGAGAACCCAAACUUGGCUAUUGCGGCGUCAGGGUUCUAAAGUACGGCUACCGAAAAAGGCCCUACCUAUGUGGCUCGCGAGUACGUUCAGUGCCUUAGAACCCGAGCAUCCACUUCGAGAAUUGCUUCCUCUGGCUCACGAAGACACGGCCGAACUCAGAACUCAGAACUCACCCCGACCAUGUUCUCAAGAAGCCAGGGAAGGUCGUAUGUUUGCAUUCUCCCCGUUCGAUGUCGUUCUGCAAGAAAAUAAUGAUGUAGCUCAUGAAGCUUCACGUCCGCCGUCUGCUGACCUUGCCUUCUGUGACGUUGGAUUACUGCCUUGUGACCCGUCAACCGUCAACGUGGAAUUACAAACAUUUCAUCUCGGGGAAGAUACUCCAGGUUUUCGCCCAUUUUCAACUCCCGGCUCGCUCGCCGCUCUAAAACACACUGUUAAUUCAAAUGCUUCAUCUAACUUGGCCCGCCUAUCAGGAUCGCAGAAGACCUCAGUGCAUGUGAAACCACCCCUUUUGUCUCACAACGCAAGUGUCAACCAUGCCAAUUUCACAUCAUUCCCUGUUUUUCGUUCAACUAUUGCAGAGCCGGAGACUCACUUGUCCUCCUUCUGCCGCGGACCGUCUGUUGCUUCUAACGAUUUUGGACCUCACUCACCGACGGAAGAGAACGAACUGACGAUGAAUAUAUUUUCCACCCCUGGACCGGCAUUUACCGUCUCUCGACCAGUGUACUUCGAUUCUCCCACUGAAGAUCCAUCAUUGUCGGACCCUCUGGAACCGGAGUCCUACGAGCUUGACUUGGACGCACUUGAUUUCCGCUGGCAGCCAUUCUUGAGGAAGACUUUGCGUGGUCCCAGCGUGGCCGGCAGGCAAACUUAUGACAUGCAUGCUUCAACUACGAUUCCUCCUGCCUUUGAUCAUUCCGACAUCCCUUUGUUGCGUUCGCCUCAUUCCUUCUAUGGCGUCGUUGACGAUCAAGUAGCAACGGUGGAGGCACGUGGCGCAAGUGUAGAAUCCGACCUUUAUAAUGGACCCGUUCGCGGCUCACCUGUAUCUGGACACACCAUCCGACAAUUAUCAUCUCCUCAGUUGAAUGGCCAAAGCGGCGCAGCGGUCUUCGCUCGCCCUUCUAGAAUUUUCAUUACGAAUCCUCCCGUUUCUGCAGGCCCUGACAUCCUUUUAUCACAUUCGCCUCAUGUUUUCCGUAGUGUCGCCGAAGACCAAGCAACAAUAACAGAAGCAUCUAACGCAUCCGUAAAAUACGACCUUCGUGAUGGACCCAUUCGUGAUUCACCUAUAUCCGGAUAUGUCAUCCAAGAAUCUCCAUUACCUCAGUUGAAUGGCCAAUAUGGCGCAGUAGUCUUUGCUCCCAUUGCGGGAAUUUUUGUCUCACCGCUAAAGGGAGCAACAUCAUCUCCUGCGGUCCCUGGUAUUGCUGAUGUACAAGAACUUACCGCGGAAAACACAAGAUGCACCACAGAGAGCCGCGAGCAACCUUCCACGCCCACACGCUCAACUCAGGCGUCACAACCAGCAACACCGAAGAAAGAUCGACCAAGCCAAGCACACAGUACGCCGAUCUCGCCUCGGCAAGAACAACGAUCGACUGUCUCGUGGAUGUUGUCGCGUCGGUCGCUUGCGGGGAGGAGCAGCGUUUGCCCUGAUGAAAUCGAGGGAUUGCUUUCGCAGCGUUCAGAUACUAGUCAUGAUACAAUUGAAUCAUGGGCGGAUGGUCAUUAGCGAAUUUGAGCAUUCCACACCUACAUUUUCGUUAGUAAACUCAAACUCUACAACGUUCCUUAAUCCAAGUUAGAA